GGCGCAGUACUUUGUUGCCUUCAGAAACAGCUAGGCAGGGUGAGAAUGAAAGCGAUGGACUGAAGAGGUGCUGAUGAACAUAGCAAAACUGGAAUGAUUGUGUGUGCCUGCCAACUGCAAACACCACUGCAUGCCUCUGAUGAAGGGUGCUGCAAGGUAAAUACAUACGAAUAAGGCGGAUAUGUACGUGCACGAGGAACAUGGCCAAUCCUUUAAGAUAUGAAGUGUUGAAUCUGUACAAGAAUCUACUGUACCUUGGCAAGGAAUACCCUAAAGGAGCAGACUACUUUCGAGCCCGACUGAAGGCAGCUUUUUUAAAAAACAAAGAUGAGAGAGAUCCUGAAAAAAUUAAACAACUCAUCUCCCGAGGAGAGUUCGUAAUGAAGGAGCUGGAGGCUUUAUAUUUCCUCAGAAAGUAUCGGGCUCUCAAGCAGCGCUACUAUGAGGACAAUAACAAGUGAUCGUAUGGCAUGAAAUACUUGCACAGGUAUAGGUGAAAUCACUGGUAAUCAAUCUGCAAUAAAAAUAACUUGCCCACACAUGAAA